UGUUUACCGUGCGUUCGUGCUCGGUUCGUGGCCUGCUGCGCGUGCCACCCCAAAACAAAAAUCGUGUCGUGUGUGUGUGUUUGUGUUGUGCUUUUUAGUAUUUAAGCAGUUUGUUUCCUUCCUGCCGGUGGCUUUUCGGCGCGAGCAGGCUUCGGUAGUGGACGGCACUUUUAAUUAUUUUUCUCUUGGUUCCGGUCAGCGUGUGUCGUUAUCGUGAAAUUGCUUAAUUUUGUAUGGUUUACACGGGCGGCGUACGGCAAAAUUGAGUAGCGGUGUUGGAGUUGUUGACGGAAAUUGGUUCCGAAGCAAGAUGGCGUCAUCGUCCAUCGUCACUCUGGCGGCACUGAUUGCCCUGCUGGCAACACUGGCCAGCUGCGGCAGGGUUGCCCGUUCGGACGAACCAAUCUACACGAGCUACCGGCUGCCGACGGCCUUCAAACCGGAACACUACGACCUUCAGGUGCUGACCCACUUGGGCGAUGAUCGAGGGUAUGCCUUUUCGGGACGGGUCUUGAUCAAGAUGACCUGCCUGGAAGAUGCCAACAAUGUGACGCUUCACUCGAAGAACCUGACCCUGGGGGAGAAGGACAUCAAGCUGGUUCAGAUCUCCGACGCGGGAAGUGAGCCGGUUGAGCUGAAGCAGAUUCAGUACAUCAAGGAUAACGACUAUGUGGUGUUCUACUCGGCGAAAUCGCUCCAGAAGGGCAAACGCUACGAAAUCAGCAUCCCAUUCGAGGGAAGCCUUGGGACGGGGCUGUUGGGUUACUACCGGAGCAGUUACUUUGACCAGCAGAGGAAGACCAAAGUCUGGCUCUCCGUGACCCAGUUCGAGCCAACGUACGCCCGCGAGGCCUUCCCCUGCUUCGACGAGCCGGAAAUGAAGGCGACCUUCGACAUAUCGCUCGGUCACCACAAACAGUACGUCGCCCUGUCCAACAUGCCGGUGAACCGGUCGGAACCGAUGGCCUCGGCGCACAAGGACUGGGUGAUGGACUACUUCGACCGGACCGUUCCGAUGUCCACGUACCUGGUGGCUUACUCGGUGAAUGACUUUGAGUACCGGGAGGCGAUGAUCAAGAUGAAGGGCGACGUGGUGUUCAAGAUUUGGGCGCGACGGGAUGCGAUUGACCAGGUUGAUUAUGCGCGGGAAGUUGGACCGCGGGUGACGCGGUAUUACGAGGAAUAUUUUGCGGAGAAGUUCCCGCUGCCGAAGAUCGAUAUGAUUGCGAUUCCGGACUUUUCGGCUGGGGCGAUGGAGAACUGGGGACUGAUUACGUACCGGGAGACGGCGCUGCUGUACCAUCCGAAUAUUUCUACGGUGAGCAACAAGCACCGUGUGGCGUCGGUUAUUGCGCACGAGUUGGCGCAUCAGUGGUUCGGGAACUUGGUCACGAUGCGCUGGUGGACGGAUUUGUGGCUGAACGAGGGCUUUGCGACAUACGUGGCGAGCUUGGGAGUAGAACAUCUGCAUCCGGAGUGGCACUCGUACGAGGAUGAAUCCGUGUCGAACUCGUUGAACGUGUUCAAGCUAGACGCGUUGACCACCAGCCAUCCGGUGUCGGUGGAGAUUGGUCACCCGAAUCAGAUCUCGCAGAUCUUUGACGCCAUUUCGUACGAUAAGGGAUCGACUGUUAUCCGGAUGAUGCACUUGUUUUUGGGAGAAGAUACUUUUAGGGAUGGAGUCCGGCUGUACCUGAAGCGCCACAAGUACGCGAACGCUGAACAGAACGACCUGUGGGCUGCGUUGACCGAAAAGGCCCAUGAAAACGGAGCACUGCCGGACGAUGUCAACGUCAAGACUGUGAUGGAGUCCUGGACGCUCCAAACCGGAUACCCGGUAGUUAAAGUGACCCGUAACUACGAGUCCAACACGGCUGAACUCACCCAGGUGCGAUUCCUGUCCAACCGGGAGCAAGCCACCAACGCAUCCGACUACUGCUGGUGGGUUCCGCUGACGUACACGACCGCCGAGAGUCCCAAUUUUGUGGAGACUAACGCCAAAGACUGGAUGAUGUGCGGAUCGAAUGACCUGCGCAAGGGCCCGAUCAAGGUGAUCAACGAACUCCCCGACAAGGACCAGUGGGUGCUGUUCAACAUCCAGCUUGCCGGCCUGUACAAGGUGCAGUACGACAAGCCCAACUACAAACUGAUUGUCAGGCAGCUCAACAGUGAACAGUUCAACACGAUCAGCUUGAUCAACCGUGCCGCAUUGAUCGAUGACGCGAUGGACCUGGCCUGGUCCCAAGAGCAGGAGUACGGAAUCGCCUUCGCCAUGAUCAACUACCUGCGCCAGGAGACGGAAUACCUGCCGUGGAAGUCCGCCCUCGGCAACCUCGGCGUGCUGAACCGCCUGCUCAAGCGAACCCCGAUCUACGAAGUAUUCCGCAGCUACAUCCAGUUCAUCAUCGAGCCCAUCUACGACCGACUGGACAUCUUCAACGUCGAGCACUACGUCAGCGCUCGGCUCGACUCCAGCAAGCAACGCUCCAUGAUCGCUUCCUGGGCUUGCGUAUUCGAUGUCAGCGACUGCACGGAACGAUCGGUCGGUCUGUUUGCCAACUGGAUGGCCGUCAAGGACCCGGACACCACGAACCCAAUCCCACAGGACAUCCGCGGGGUGGUGUACUGCACUGCAAUUCGCAACGGCAAGGAAGCCGAGUGGAACUUCCUGUGGGCACGCUACCAGCAGAGCAACGUCGGCUCCGAAAAGGUGCUGCUGAUCCAGUCGUUGACGUGCUCGCGCGAAACCUGGCUGCUGCAACGCUUCCUGCACUGGUCACUCAACAGUACGUCUGGAGUGCGCAAGCAGGACACCACCAUUCUGUUUGCGAACGUCGCUAAGAAUGACAUCGGAUUCCAUCUGGCCAAGAGCUUCUUCCUCGAGAACACCGAGCAGAUCUACGCGUACCUCACCCCGGACACAUCGCGCCUCUCGCGCUACCUGCGACCCCUCGCCGAGCACAUGGCCUCCGAGAAGGAGCUCCAAGAGCUGAAGGAUCUGAUCGAGUCCAAGCGGACAGUGUUUGAGCAUGCGACGCAGGGCGUGAAGCAAGCCCUCGAAACGGUCGAGGUCAACAUGAAGUGGAAGUCGGCCAGCUACGGCCAGAUGGCGCGCUACCUGCCGAUGUUGAACUACCGGUCGGCCGCGCUGGACGUGCUGGAGCUGAUCUAGCCCGUGUCGAAGCGUCCGGAGUCGGUCGUCGUUGAUGAUGAUGAUGGUGACGCAGACGGUGGGGAUGCCGUUGAUGGCACGCUUCUUCUAGUUCGCUCUAGUGAUCAGUGUUGUUUCGCUCGCGUUUGGUAUUUAAUGUUUUAGAUAUAUACUUGAAAUAAAAUUACUUCAGUAUUCACUAAA